UCUCAAGCCCAGCCCGGCGCUGGGACUCGGAGGGCGAGGUGAUGAGAAACAACUCCACCACCUCUCCCUGCAUAUAGCUAUAGCUUGAUCAGCGACUGAGAUAGCUGUCCGGUUUCCUUUGGAGAACAAUCCGCCACGGAGGCACGCUCCAGAGACAGAAUUUACAGAUGUGCCCCACAAUUACAGAUGUGCUACACAUGUAGCCAACUCCCUCUCGUUCCACCUAACCCAAUCCUUCAUGACCAGUUGCCACCUGGCUCUAGCACUGCUGGCCAAGAAAGACUCUCUCCCACACACCGCAUUUUCUUGGAGCGGAGGAGAGAGGGGAAGAUGGAUGAUGACUUGUAUGCGGAGGAGAACAUAACCUAUCUAUUGUCCCACAACAGGUCUGUCAAUGAAUCCGACGCCAACCAGUUCGCGCAGCCCGCUUGGCAGAUCACCCUCUGGGCUGUCGCCUACUCUCUCAUUGUGAUCGUGGCGGUGGUGGGAAAUAUCGUGGUGAUGUGGAUCAUCCUAGCGCACAAGAGGAUGAGGACGGUGACCAAUUAUUUCCUGGUGAACCUGGCUUUUGCAGAAGCCUCCAUGGCCGCCUUUAACACCGUCGUCAAUUUCACCUAUGGCAUCCACAACGAGUGGUACUAUGGGCUGCUCUACUGCAAGUUCCACAACUUCUUCCCCAUCGCCGCGGUGUUUGCCAGCAUCUACUCUAUGACAGCCAUCGCCGUGGACAGGUACAUGGCUAUUAUCCAUCCAUUGCAACCCCGACUGUCAGCCACAGCCACCAAGGUGGUCAUCACCGUUAUUUGGUCCCUGGCUUUAUUGCUGGCGUUCCCGCAGGGUUAUUACUCGACGACAAUACAGUUUACCGACAGGGUGGUGUGUCUGGUGGACUGGUCAGAGUAUGAGACCAGGGCGUAUGAAAAAACGUGA